UCAGACUAAUUCUUGUUAACCCAAUUGAUGGCGGGGAAGUGAUCUUACAAAGGUUGAGGUCCGUGCCUCUAUCUCUGGAUGGUUGAAGAUGAUUAGCCUUUCUCAUUCCAGUGAAGAUUGACGAAGCAGCUAGGCUGCAAUCUCCCCUUUCAUGCUUCUGCUCCUGUUACUUAAAAUUCGGCGAGUUUCUUGGUUUUCUUCCCAAACCGUAUUCUGCUUCACCUUCAAAGUUUCUUGAUUCUUUUUGUACUUCCGUCUUCUCGUCUUGGGAAUUACAAUUUUGAGCGAAGAUGAAGACGAUGAUGGAUGUAUUAAAAUAGCUAGAUUUAGAUGAUUCAUCAAUUUCGCGGAAUAUUAUUUGUAUAGUGAACAGUUGACAUGGGUAAAGAGUCGGAUUCGAACGAUUCCAAUGGAUGGAACCGUGCUCGAGGACUGGUGAUGAAGACUCUAAUACUUCUUGGAGGUGCACUUCUGGUGAAGCGACUGAGUAAGUCUACCACACGUUGGGACCAUGCCCGUAUUGUCUCUCAGUCCCUCGCUGGCGAAAAGUAUUCGAAAGAGCAAGCGUCCAGAGACCCGGAUAAUUAUUUCAAUAUUAGAAUGCUCACAUGCCCUGCGGCAGAACUAGUGGAUGGUUCAAAGGUCAUGUAUUUUGAACAGGCAUUUUGGAGGACUCCACAAAAGCCAUUUCGGCAGAGGUUUUUCAUGGUGAAACCUUGUCCAAAAGAGUUGAAAUGUGAUGUUGAGUUAAAUACAUAUGCCAUCAGAGACAUGGAGGAGUACAAAAAUUUUUGUGAUCGCUCAAAGGAUCAACGUCCACAGCAAGAAGAAGUCAUUGGGGACAUUGCAGAGCAUUUGACAACAAUACAUCUAAAGCGUUGUCCACGUGGAAAACGUUGCUUAUAUGAAGGCUCAACCCCUCCUGGCGGGUUUCCUAAUUCAUGGAAUGGAGCAUCCUACUGUACUACAGAACUUGCUGUCAUGAAAAAUAAGGAGAUACAUACCUGGGAUAGGGGUUAUGAUGAUGAUGGAAAUCAAGUUUGGGGACCGAAGGAAGGACCUUAUGAGUUCAAGCCUGCACCUACCUCCAGUUUCAACGAUAUGAUUCUCCCUUGAAUUCCCCCCCUCCGCCGUCCAUGGAGAGAAGAAUAGAAGGUUCAUUCAUCUUGCAAGAAUGAAAAAAUUCCUCAUGAAUGUAUCUUGUUACAGGAUCCUUUCGAGAGGAAGUAACCGUAUUCUCCAACUGGUCUUGUUAUAAUUUGAUGAAGCUACUGUUAAGGCAACGGACAUAGGAAAUGGAGACAGUUGAAGAGAAUGAUCUUGAAUCAUUGUGGAGCGACCCCAAAUCGUGCCUUUCAUGAAUGUGUAAUUGUUCUAUUUUUACGCCGUUGCAAUAUCCUUUUUCGUAGGUCUAAGUUAGUCAGCAGUAAUAUCUUACUGCAACAGCCAAUAAAUAGCUCGUUGUUUUCUUAAUCGGUCAGAUUGCAUGAAUUUUCUAGCAUGUCCAUGCAGAGAUAUGUUUAGGCUCCAGGAAGCAGUUUUUCUCCAUGUGGUUGCAUCAUCUGCUUAUUUAUUGGCUGACAGGGCAUAGGCCGAGAGCCCGAGAUUGCUUUAUGGUUCUAUUGCGUAAGAAAGACUUGAUUGGUUA